AUGGCAGAGUACAAAGAGGAACUUUCUCGGACAAAAGAAGAGAACAAGAGACUACACGUCUGUGAAAAAUAUCGUCCACCUGAGCAGCAGGAGGGGUCCUCCAGUGUGGAGCAGAAGAGGUCACAGCACUUCCACGUGAAAGAAGAGGAGCCACAGCCCCCCUACAUUAAAGAUGAAGAAAAACAGCGGCUGUCCCCCCACUUCAUAGAGGAAGACAAGAGACACCUCAUCAGUGUGAAGAACGUCUGUGAAAAAUAUCGUCCACCUGAGCAGCAGGAGGGGUCCUCCAGUGUGGAGCAGAAGAGGUCACAGCACUUCCACGUGAAAGAAGAGGAGCCACAGCCCCCCCACAUUAAAGAUGAAGAAAAACAGCGGCUGUCCCACCACUUCAUAGAGGAAGACAAGAGACACCUCAUCAGUGUGAAGAGUGAAGAUGAUGAGGUCAAAGUUGAAAGUGAGGAGCCUCCAAGCAGCAGCUCAACUCAACACAUGACAACAGAAGCUGAUGGAGACCACUGUGGAGGAUCACAAGCAGACAAGCUCUUAGCUCCACUAUCAGAUAGUGAGGACACAACGUCACACUCUCCUGACACUGAUGAUGAAGACUCUAAAGAUGAUAAGACAUGUCACACUGACAACACACACUUCACAUGUUCUCACUGUGACAAAACCUUUAAAUACCAUUGUCGUCUAAAAAUACACAUGAGAACACACACUGGAGAAAAACCUUUUUCCUGCUCAGAAUGUGGUAAAAGUUUUGUAUCAAAUCAAAGUUUAAAAAUACACAUGAGUACACACACUGGUGAAAAACCCUUUUCCUGCUCAGAAUGUGGUAAAAGUUUUUCACUAAGUCGCAAUUUAAAAGAACACAUGAGAAUACACACUGGAGAAAAACCUUUUUCGUGUUCAGUCUGCAAUAAAUAUUUUACUCUCAGGCCCAAUCUAAAAACACACAUGAGAACACACACUGGAGACAAACCUUUUUCCUGCUCAGUCUGUAGUAAAAGUUUUAUACAAGGACAUCAAUUGAAAGCACACAUGAGAACACACUCUGGUGAAAAACCAUACACCUGUUCAAGCUGCAUCAAAAGCUUUCGUCUCCUAAACACUCUUAAAGUACACAUGAGAACACACACAGGAGAGAAAGUGUUGAGUUGCAGUGUGUGUGGUGAAAGAUUCUCCUAUAAGUACCAGUGUAAGAAACACAAGUGUGCUGGUGAGAACAGCAGCAGCACAUGAAGAUGCAGGAUUUGAAAUAAACUUUCUAACACCAUCAGCACAUAUAACAUGUGUGACAUCAUUGUUGUGUGUGUAACACAAUCUUGUUAUUAUGCUUAUAACAUAUAUAGAGUAAAUACUUCAGAUUAGUGCUUUUAUUUCAGUCAAGUGCAUGAGUUAAUAUACACAUUUGUGUACUUUAAAAUGAACAGAACAAUUUGACUGAAAAGGUGAGAAUAAACAGUACAUAAAAUAUGUUACAUACAAUAAACAUUUUAUGUGUAGAUAUUCAUAAUUCACUUUUAUACUUAUACAUAAUAGUGUUUUAUGUGUGUUUUUAAAUAAUGAAGUGUUACAUAUUUUAUUUUCUAAUUCUAGAUUAUUCCAUAGAUGAACUCCUUUAUAUGAUAUACACAUUUGUUUUAUAUGUGUUCAUACCUUUGCUUUUGAGUACACAUAAAUCCCUCUUAGUUCAUAUUUACUGGUUCACAUCUGAAACAUCUUCUGGACCACUUCUGGAAGCAUAUUAUUAUUUACUUUAUACAUCAUUUGAGCAGUUGUCUUUUUUACAAUUUUAAAAUGUGUGACUUUAUGAAUCAUUUGUUGGGUCUUUAUAAUCCAUUCUAUUAAUUGUCUUUAUUACUCUCUUGUGUGAUAUGAAUAUUGUUGUGUGAUUGUUUUAUAUGUAUGUCCCCAGACCUUUAUGCAAUAAACAAUGUAUGCUUCAACUAAA